AUGGAGCACCCUGCCCCCAGCUGCGCCGAUCCACUGCUGCCGCGUGGCAGCCAGGGGAACUCGUUCGCGUGGGGCGCGCCCUCCGGCCUCAGCACCGCUACUACUGCAGAGGCCGAACAGGACAUGGCGCAGGCCCGGAUUCGCAACAACCCCAU